CGCAAGUCGAGGUUUCCACUACGAAGUGAUACAACACAACGAUCGGGAAAAAGAACGGUUCCAUGAAAGUGGACUGGCUGUUGGCCUAGUGGAAAUUUAUCUGGUGUAUGUGUAUGACAUAAUAACGUGUUGUGAUCUGAUGGGGGAAUUUAGUUUAAGUGGAAAUACGAAUACUGGAUUAAGUGCAAUUGAUAUAUCUGUGAACGUCGUUAAGAACACAACAAACCCCAUAUUAUUUUUCACCACACCUUCUCCGACAAGCGGAACAGAUCGUAUACUUCAAUCAACCCCUUCUAGACCUGCGAUGCAAGAUGAUCUCGCUGAUAAGACAAUUAUCAGUGGGUCUAAUGGCGAGGAAUCGGCUAAUGUGGGGGCGGCAGCUGAGAAGGCCACCAAGGAAGACUGCGGAAGCCUUUCGGACAAACUGAGUGAACAGGUGCCUAAAAGUGUACCCAAUCUAUUCCACCAUACCGAGCCUACUACACCUUGGUCGACAGCUAUAGACGAAAUUUACUGCGUAAAUGGGGGAUUAGCUUUCCAAAGUUUUUCCGGGCAGCAGCAGUUAUUCGGUAAUCAGAAUCAAGGAGGCCAAGCAAGAAGAGCCAUAACAGCUAGUCAUAACUUCUCUCAUAAUAUGGGCCGUCAGCAGUCAGGUAACCCGAUGUAUAAGGGUUUUAACUCCUGGGGAGCAAAUCCUGGACAGAAUUGGUCCACUUGCUCGUCGAUUUGGAGUAGAGGUCGUAGUGUACCAAAUUUAACUCCACUCCAACAGAUGAGCGUCGCAGGAAGAAAACCCAGUCCUACUUUCAACCAUCAACAGGUUAUUUCUCCUGUCAAAUUUAGACGUAGUACCUCUUAUCCAGGAAAAGGACCCUUUCAACAGCCGCCGACAUUCGAGAUUACCAAUAUGGAUGAGGCCUUACCUUAUCAGGACCGAUGUGGUUUAGUUAAUGCAAAUGGAAGUAGUCCAUUGGAGAAUAUGAGAGGACUAGAACAUUAUUUGAAUGAUAUAAUAAGGCCAUCACCGGAACCAACAGACAUCAAAGGUUUCAUCAACUGUCCCACAAAUGCUUUCCAGUCUAUAUCCCACUUACACGGAAAGUCGCCCUAUUUUCCAGGAUUAGACGAGCAGGCAGGGACAGUAUUAUUAGAGGAGCCCACCCACCUAGACAGCUCUCUAGGUGGCCCUCAACCUCUCAGUUCUCCAUCCAGAUCUUCACCUCAUUCACAAGGUUCUGAAGGGGGUGAGAGAUUCUCCAGAAAAGUGUUUGUAGGUGGCCUACCUCCGGACAUCGAUGAGGAUGAAAUAACAGCCAGUUUCAGAAGAUUUGGACCUUUGGUUGUGGACUGGCCACAUAAGGCCGAGAGCAAAUCUUAUUUCCCUCCAAAAGGUUAUGCAUUCCUCCUCUUUCAGGAUGAGAAUUCUGUACAAAGCCUCAUUGAUGCUUGUAUUACCGAUGAAGACAAGUUGUACCUGUGUGUGUCAUCCCCAACAAUAAAAGACAAACCGGUUCAAAUUCGCCCUUGGAGGCUGUCGGAUGCUGAUUUCGUGUUGGACGCUUCGAUGCCAUUGGACCCGCGGAAAACAGUUUUUGUUGGUGGAGUACCACGUCCGCUCAAGGCUGUGGAAUUGGCUAUGAUUAUGGACAGACUAUAUGGUGGUGUGUGUUAUGCUGGCAUCGACACUGAUCCAGAACUGAAAUAUCCCAAAGGAGCAGGAAGAGUAGCAUUCAGCAAUCAGCAGAGUUAUAUAGCUGCAAUCAGUGCACGUUUUGUUCAGCUACAGCACGGAGAUAUAGAUAAGAGGGUAGAGGUUAAGCCGUAUGUGUUAGAUGAUCAAAUGUGUGACGAGUGUCAAGGGCAACGUUGCGGUGGAAAAUUUGCCCCAUUCUUUUGCGCGAAUGUCACAUGUUUGCAGUAUUACUGUGAACAUUGUUGGGCCACAAUACACUCUAGACCAGGAAGGGAAUUCCAUAAGCCAUUAGUCAAAGAAGGAGCAGAUAGACCAAGGGCUGUACCGUUUCGUUGGUGUUAACGGUAGAACGCUCAGAACAGUCCUCUGAACGCCCUUUUUAGCUUAUUACCAUACUAUUUUUCUGGCGCAGGAGGGCUGUCCAACAUAUAGGCAUAAUUACUAGUAGCAAUUAUAAAUACAUAUUUAAAAUUUACAUACUUACUUACAUGCAUAUAUAUGUUGUAACCAUGAAGCAAACAGUAAUCUUUUCUUUCGCGUCAAGAUUCUAGGUGUUUUUGAUGGCAACUUGAAAUUUAUCCCAUCGCGUGGUUUCUUUCAAUACUUGGGGCAACCUCAUAUCACAAAUUUUGUUAAGAAUCUGUGUACUUGCUAUCAUUGAAAAUAGGAAUAUGUGAAAGAAAAAACGAGACCUAUAGCAUCGUUUUUUCAAUCAUUGAAGUCAGAGGAAGCCCUAAUGGAUUUGAUGUGAAAAUUGGAAGGGACCAAUUCGCGAUGGGAUAUUUUAUGGUGCCACCGUGUAUUGACGCGUUCGUACUCUAUCCGGAAGGACGCUUAAAGCAGGUGAAUCCGGAAGUUGACGAUAUUGUUCAGGGUAUUGUAUAUACUAGUCUAAUCAAGAGCCGUCAGCGUAAGCUGGGCAGAUGAAACUACUUCCCAUUUAAGGUGACAAAACAUUACAGGACGUCAACUGAAGUUCUUCCAUUUCAUUCAGAAUACGAGCGAUAUUUUUGGAUCUCUUCAUUCAUUCUUACUGGUAGGUGUGCCGCGUACAAGAAAUGCUGAAAAAUCGUUGUUUCACGGUUGCGCAUGCCUUUAUCACGACCCUGUCAUUGAUUUUCCAGGAUUGCGAAACGGGUAAAAGAAAAAGUCUUAUCUCAUAUUUUCGGAUUAGGAUCAUACUCAACUUUCGGAAGAAAUUAUCGAAAUGUACAAAUUCGACCAUUGGAAUGUAAGAAUACGAUGAGAAACGAAAUUAUAUAUAUCUGACUUCGAAAAGUUACUUCUUGCUGAAAUCUGUUCGUUUUUCAUCUGAAAAAAAAAAUGGUUGAUUGCCUUUGACAUAAGUUAAGAAAAUUUUUCAAAUCAGAGUUAUUUUUUGAAAGUCACUAGUGCAUGCUCCUAACAGUUAUCAUUUUAAUCUCCUUCUCCCGCCUUCAAUCUCGACAGAACAAUCCCAGAUGGGAUCUUUGAUUCUGUAUCGAUUACAGAAUGAAAUGAAAGAAUUUUUCGAGACAGUAUUAGCGCCGAGUACCUGACAGACCUCUUCUUUUAUAGCCCUGCCCAGCCCUGUUCUGCUCUCCUCAUUACUCAAUUAACAACACGCUUUCCGCUUAGUGCUCACACUUAUCCUGUUUACCUAUUUUCGGAAUUUUUCAUUUCAUCCGACGUUGACAGCUGAUAUCGAGGAGGCACACAAAAAUCAGGACGGUGAACGAUUUCUAUCAUUCGAGAUGGGUUGAUUGUGUGCCUUUUUUUCAUCGGCGUGUCCGCGUGAGAAAGUGUGUCUGUGCGUAAACAAUAUCACUAUUCUGAAACUUUGUAUUUUUAAAAUUUGAAUUUUUAUACUAAACAUUUUAUAACUGGUGAAUAGUAAUGUUUGAUGUGUGCAAUAAAAUAGCUACGCCUAGGGGGCGUUGUAAAGGUUUAUCUAUUUGUAACGUAAUAAUUGAUCUUCAUUAUUAUAAACUAAUUAAAAUGAAAAUUUUCUUAGAUAAUUAUGUAAAUAGGAGCACGGAUACGAAAAUGCACAUCGCCAUUUGCCCGUGCCACCAUCAUAUUAAAGGUACAAAAUAAAUGAUGACGGUUUGUAAAGGUUUUCCCACUCCCUUUUCUACUAUUGGUAUUAUUGUUUUCGACUUUGUAACAGAAAUUGUUUGUAUUCCGACAAUAUUUUCUAUUGACGAAAUUCGCUGCUGCUGAGUGAAAUAUUCGACGGUUUUUUAGGAUGCAUAAAGUCACUAUGAACGAAAUCAAUAGAGAUGAGCGAUAUUUCACGAACUGUGAUUAAAUCACUGAAUUUCACAGGUAGUCACAGUUCCGCAAAACGAAUACAGAGCGUGACGUGAUCACAGAUCGUUCAAGGACAAAUCACCGUUCGUAUAUACCAGCGUUAUAUUCCUUGUUGCAAUUGUAAAUUUUGAAGCCUGAUGUUCUUAUUGCUUCGGAACCUUUUUUCAGUAGCAUAAUUGCAUUUUUAUGACAAUCCCAGCAUCCAUAGAUGUCGAAAAUUAUUCAUAUAAUAUAAUGAUUCCACAAAUCUGUUAGUUCUGAAGAAUAAGCUAUUUGGCUAGCUUAUUCACCCCUGAUAGGAAUUAACAGAUAAUGUCACCAAAUUCUACAAAUAUUGAUAACAAACACAGCAAGGAACGAUUUCGAUACCUAAGCAGUGAUCACGUCACGCUUCGAUUCUACUGAUUUCAUAAAGUAACGAUCACGUUUCAUAACGUGAUCGAAAAAUCACGGUAUCGCUCAUCUCUAGAAAUGAAAUUGAAUCUAGCAGCUGUCGUCUUUAUUAGAUUUUCUAAAUUCAAAUAUAAGUAGGGAAUUUUUAUAUCACGGUUGUUUGCAUAUUUUGUCGAUUAAAUUAGUCAAUACCCAUAAUUGAAUGAUAGAUUGUGAAUGGGAAGAGAAAGUAGGAAAAUGUAUUGUCCCAUAUCUUCAAAAAUAUAUAUACCACAUUUCGCUGAGCCUUCUAGUAUUGAUUGACCAAUGAAACAAUAGGUUAUCUCCAUAAAUUUAAAUCGAUAUUAUUUCGUUAAUUUACCAUUAUUUUUCGGCUCAACCUAUAUAUAUCAAAUCGCGUGAUUCGAGAAGGCGAGCAAUUAAUUUGCACCAAUUCUACUCUGAACACCAUCAAGAGUAUUUCACCAUUUAUAUUUUCGAAACAGGCCGACAAAACUUUUUCGAAUAACGUGAAUAUCAUUGGACUUGAUGUAAUGUCUCCAGAAUUCAUCAUCAUCAUCGGAUAGAAUAUACUGAAUAUCACUCAACUAGGUGUUUUGAGAAAUCUGUCUUUCUGACAGAAUGUACGAUGAGAUUACUGGCUCAAUGCUUGGUUCAAUUAAAUUUGUACGCGAUGUUGAAUACGUGUGCUAAGACGUUGUCUAUCUGUUAUAUCAAUUUACAAUAUGUACCUUUCCUCAUCGUUGGUGUAAGAACUACUGAUGGAAUUACUAGUCAUGUUCCCCCAAAGUUUGUGUGAUACUACCGACCUUCCUGUAACUAAUCUUACUACAUACUAACCAUGUGUUUGAUGUAAUUUAGUUGUUUUCAUCAAAUUAAUUUCGAGUUGAUAUUCGAUGUUCUGGGUUGGUUUGAAAAAGCUGGAAAAAGUUUGCUGAACUGAGGACAAUAGCUUCACGGUUAUGCGCGCGUUUUUUUAAACUCAUUUAAUCAUUUUGUAGGACAGCCAUAUCGCCUGGUAACAUCCUUAGGGCUCUGAAAGAACUGACGAUUAUUCUCGUAGAAUCAAAUUGUUUUUCUUAUUGUAUACAUAUUUUCAAGGUAACUAUCGGAUUCGUUCGUGAUUAUUUUGUAUUCGAUUUAAUGUUGUAUUAGGGAAUAUUUGGUGUUUAAAGUUGAGAGUUUUUAUUUCUAUUUAUUGUUUCGUUGUUUUGUGUUUUAUGUGUGAUAAAAGAGCCUCAGUUAGGAGGAUAUGGUUAUCGUAAAUCUAGAAUAAUUUUGUGUAUCAAUUUAUGCUUUCAUCUUGUCAGUGCACUGAGAUGGAAAGUGAAUACCGACUAAUCGAAAUUUGUUAUAAUUAUGUCUAUAUUAUGAUCUAGGAGAUAUUAACUCAAGAAUAUCUUUUGAUUUUGAGAGCCAGGGAUAUACGGUUGAAAUUUAUCCCUUAGUUUCAUUUCUACCCAAUAUGGUUAUAGUUACCUUUAGUGCAAUAUAUCGAGUAUGAAGCUCGAUUGGAUAUUUAACACCUAUAGCCAGUGGCUGAUUGAGUUUGCAGCUAUGUAUCCUCAUCAACUCACAAUGUAGAUUUUAUUAAUUUAUAGUCACUUAUCUUCAGUAUAUACUAAAUGAAUAAUCUGCUGAAUAUUUGUAUCGUAACAAGGUGUAUAUAUGAAUUAUUUUCGAAUGUUAUUGAAAUCUAGUCUGUAAAACUUUCAUUUGAUGAUAUACCUAUAUACCGAUCGGAAUGUUUUUUAUUGAAGUGAAUAUUUGGCCAGCCACUGAUUAUAGAGAAUCAUUUCAGAACCUAACUGCAUUGUUAGUCCUCUGGUCUUGUCGGUUUUUGUCCGAACAGAUUACAGACUGUUGAUUAGCACCAAAGUAGAUUAAUUAUAUUUUUUGUAAUGCGUUAUUACUGAAGAAUAUUUAAAUUGUUUUUAUAAUUAUUUUAUACACUUUUGUAUGUUUGUUAGCGAUUUGAGAUAAGAUUUGUGAACUUCAAAAGGGAAGUUUCUUGUUUACCAUUUUGUUAGAUAUCAGACUUUAUGUUUUAUAUAAAUAUUAUAUAAAAUAAUGUCAAUUUGUAUUUAUUUGAUAAACUGCUGUUAUAGAACCUUCUAACAAU